CCAUCAUCUGCAUCUGCACCUUUGAGGACUUGGACCAGUGACCUCAACCUCAUCUCCAUGUGAAGUAGUAGCCGCUAUUUGCUACUGUCGUCCUUGCUUUUACCCAUGUCCUCCUCGCUUGCUGCCUUCUCUGCCUUGUCCCAUUUCCCUCUUCAGAGACCGUGAACUCUGACCAUGAGAGGGAGAGCAAGCAUUCCCACCGACAAAGUCAAUGCUGCGACUCUUCCCAGUGUUUCCAGCAUUCUAAGACGCUGACCGCCAAAUGGACGCCACUCAGACCGCCGCGCAUGGUUUCUGGAGGUACUUGAUCAAGCCCGACAAAAGCGCAUCACCACAGCUGGAGCAGCUGUGUUUGGGGCUGGCCAAAGUCAUUUCUAUACUCGAACCUGGACCCAACGACGAACUCACUCCGCAACGCCUUGCCGCCUUCUACCGGGCAGUCGGCGGCAAUUAUGACUCUCUCUUCCUCAAUACCACGGACGGAGGUCUGUCUCACAUGUACCAAAUUCUGGGAUGUUUUCACAGCCUCCAACCGACCCCGAGUCCUUUCGAACAGCCAAGAGUACCCUGUCUAACAUCCGCUGGCUUUGCUCGCUGGCAAACCAUCCAAAUACUGCUAUGUCCCGAGGAAAACGUGGGGUUUAUGCAAAAGGCCGUGCAGAGGUGGAACAUUCCAAUGCCGAAUGGCGGCAUCUUUCCAAAAUACAUCCCGCAGGAAGUAUUUCCAGACCGUCCAGACGAAGAGAUGGAGAGAUGGCACAAGAUGGUAACAGGCCAGUUGAAUCAGAAGAACUACAUGCAACGCCUCAAGAAUUCACCUUAUCAAUCUCCUCACAUUGAGCCAUACGAUCGACGAGACGGCUACUUCUCCGGUCCUAUGCUUGGUAAAUCCACGAGGCCCUCGCGAAGCAGCUCAAGAGACGACCAAGAUCGUAUGGCGGCUGCAUAUCACCGCCGAAGCAGCGUCCCUGAUUUCCCCUCCCCACCACAGGAGAGAGGUUCACAUUGGGAUCCCCGACAUAACGAGGCCUCGCGCAAAGCCCGGAGUCAUUCUGCUCGAAGGCCACCACAACCACCCGCCCGCCAGCGAUCUCACACCACUUCCGGGCCGCCUGCAAGUCCUCCAAACAAGAACUCAGUUCACAGUCCUUCCAAGAGCAGACGGGCCAUCGACUCUAGGGACUCUGGCAGGCGCUCGUCAGCACAUGCGCCUUUCAACUAUCGCUCUCCUGCGCGCACGCCAUCGACUGUGGAUGAAGACUCGGGCAGCGAGGCCAGCUCUGAGACCUCUCAGAUCGGUCGCCGUCAUCGCAAAUCUGACGAGGAUCGAAAGAGUCGGCACUCCUCCUUGUGGGUGCCAUCGUUUAUGAAGUCACACAAACGCCGACAUUCUUCAGAUGCAAGUUACCGUGCAGCUGCAGUAAGGGAUUCAGCUCAGCGGCCCAAUCACCGCCCACCGCAGGCCCUCAAUGCUCCCCCACAAGCACCUUCCCGAGGUGGUGCUCCUCAAUGGCGUGACCCUAAUUGGGACAGUGACCCGACACUGUCAACUCCAGCACAUGCACAUGCGCAGCUCGACCCACGAGGUCCAACGUUUCGUUACCCCGAACCGAAUGCCUUUGAGCCUUUGACUCGAGAGAGCAGUAAUGGAAGUGGAACGGAUCAAAGGCACCGUUCAUCGGACUGGGAGAGAGGUGGCACACAAAGGCGGAAAGGUGCACCUCUCCGAGUUGGCACGUUGACUGGUGUGCAAGGGAGGAAAUAUCCCACAUCGGACCCUAUGAGUCCGAUAGAUCGUCAGAGGAGUCAUGCCUCUUCCCGAGGUGGCGUUGCUACUGUCGUUUAGGAAACCAGACGGGGCCGGGAGGAGAAGCGACGAUUCAGUCAUCAACCAGCACGAGCGGUGACAUAACGACAUGUACGACUGAAUGAUAUACGACAAGAAGAGGAUGAUUGAUGACAAGCGAUGACGGGACAGGGCAGCAUAGAACUUCUAACCACUCGGCGUUCUGGAGGUACAUACUCGUUUUUGGCUUGCGAGGGACAGUUUUUCUUCUCUGUCGAUCAUGCUUGGUGGUAUCAGGGAACAACGGUCGCCCGUUUUGCGUAGGAAGACAGAUUACUCCUUGGUUAGCACCUGGUGUCUUUUGCCCUCUCCUAGCCCGGUUCUCCUUCGCAGCUCAAUCUACGUGGGCCUAAUGCAAAUCGCUCUUUCUUUCUUGUCUGUUGCCGAAUUUGUUUUGCUACGUAGAACCCACAAGUUCCCGGCGCAUGGGGUUCGGGGACUAAACUCAUGGAUGAAUGUGGAUAGAGGAUCCG